AUAUAACUUGGUGAAGAUACAGCGUGGUUGUUUGUGCAUAGCGACGCUGCUUUCUGGAAGCAAUGGGUCUCAAACAGGAGAAGUUCAACCCGAGUAUUUUGUUGCUAAUUUUGAUGGUGUCGGUUUUUGGACAUGGAGUAACGUCUUCUAUCUGCGACAAUGGUCUGUGCAGUUGUUUUCCUCGUUAUAAAAAUAUUACUAGUGUUGACUGCAGUUGCAACUUAACGAAACAGGGCUUUGACUUCACUGCGGCUGAUUUCGGCAUGCAGUUCCAUGAGGUCCGUAAUUUCUACGUAACAGACUGCGAUGAUGGUGUCGUGUUCAGAACGAACGCCUUCAGAGAUCUGGGGAAACUGCAAAAUCUGUACCUGGGAAAAGUAAGAAAAGUAGAAUUUGAAUCCGGCGUCUUCCAGAGACUGGCCAGGCUCAGCCUUCAGAAUAUUCAGGAUGUCAAGUUCGGCGAACGAGCCUUCAUGGGUGCUCGUGAUUUGUAUAGUAUCGAAAUUCAUCGAGCCACCAUACCUCGACUUCAUUCACAUUCUCUGUUUGACGUCAGAGGACUAUAUAGCCUGGAACUGGAUGAGGUUGCGCUCCAUCAUGUCGAAAAGGAUGCCGUGAAAAUUGAUUUCAGACACCCUGAAUCAUACGUUCUCGUCAACAAUUGCACGAUUGGCAACAUUGAAUCGAAGGGAAUCAUUCUUAAAGCAAAGAAUUUCAGUAUGACAAAAUCUGCUUUGGAUGGACUAUCAUCUGAUGCUGUUAAUAUAAUUUCAUCGGACCUCAUACAGACCUCAGAAUCAAAUUUUGGGAAGAAUCUGGAGAAAAAUGCAAUAAACAUGGUAGCUCCCGUUGUUAAUAUCCGAAGCAACACAUUCAAAUUGCUUCCAAAGGGAAUUAUAGAGGGUAUAAAAUUUGAGGAAAAUAAGAAAAUCAUCUUUAUAAACAACACAGUAUAUGAUAUCGACACUGACAAUAUUUUGGAUGGGAUGAGUAGUUUAAUCAAAAUAGCAGAAAUUAAGGGUAACCAUUUUCCUUGUUCUUGUUCUAUUCGUGUGCCACACCAGGCUUUGCGAGAGUUCAGUCAGAAUAACUUUUGUACAAUCAAAUGUAACAUUACUUUAAGCGAUUUCGGUGCGUUGAUUGAGGACAGGAAAGUAUGUACUUUGAACAAGAGUGAACCAGACGAAUCUGAAAUAUGUUCCAGUGUGGUUAAUUCAACACCUGAUCAACGACGUGGAAGAACACCUUCGUAUUUCAGAACGACUCAAAUUACAACGAAGAUGAACAAGACUGUAAACAGUUCAGAGAGAAUACAGUUUAUACCUGUACUCUUGUUCUGUGUAUUGUUUACAGUGGUAAUUGAGUCAUAAGGAAGUUGGUAAUAAAAGAUAUACAAUUCGAA